AUGAUUAGCUUUCAGCCCUUUGUUCAUCAUUAUUCUAAUUACUCAUUUUAUGCCAAUAUAUAUCUAUGCUAACAUGAUAAAAAAUUAUAUUAUCAAUUAGGAAAGCGCUAUUAAGAAGAAUAAAUAUCGUUUAUUUAACCUCAACAUAUAUCAGUUAAACAUUACAUCUAUUUUGAUUCAUAUAUUAUAGGAAUUCUUAUAGUUUCAUAAUAUGUAAACCAAAUUGCGCUUAUGUGCUUUACUAAUUAAUAUAGCAUUUUAUCAAAUUAAAUUAUUUGAUUAGUGAAAAGCAAUUUUUCCAAUCUACUCUGAAAAUAAACCAAUUAUUGUAUUAUUCUCCUCCAAUAAUGGCUAACAAUUCAUAUUCUUUCUAAUAUGCAGGAAUCUCAAGUAGUUUAGUGUUUUUAAACUAUUAUUACAAAAACGAAAGCUAUAUAUAUCCAUGUUUUAUUCUUUACUAUACUUCUAAUUUACAAUUUUAUGGAGGAGAAUUGGAAAAAUCAUUAUUACCCUCUACCGUAAUAAAUUAUGAUAUAUAUAUAUCUUCCAUAAAUGAAUUUAGAGAUAGUCUUUAAAUACAAACUAUUUAAUUCAAUAGUCAAAAACUUUAUUUUUACUUUUGA